GACGCUCCCCACCGGCUAUCCUCUCGCUCGACUCCGGCUUUCGCUUCUGCCCGGAUCCGGCGGAGCGUGCCGCUCCGCUGGCUGAGAUUGCCGAGUUUGAGGCGCUAGCACUCGCGCUUCCUCGUUUUUACCACGGGCAGGAGCCGCCGCAGCAGUACAAGAGAACGCUGCUGGCCGCCGCUGAUGCUGUCGCCACCCGUGCAGGAGGUCCAGAGCGUGUAGCGGCCACUAUGACCGAGGCGCAGCUCCAGCGAGCCUUUGUGGUGCUCUCGUUUCUCGUCCAUUACUACGUCUGGUGCGAAGACGGCGCGGCAGAGCAGGUGCUUCCGCGCACGAUUGCCACGCCGUACUGGCACGUCGCCAAGGCGCUUGGCUGCGAGCCAGUCUACACUGACGCAGUCAUCAUGUGGAAUAUGGUUGGAGCUGGCGGCGACAGCACGGCCGACCCAGACCUGAUCCAUCUCGAGUUCUCGUGA